AUGAAGACCAACUACGUCGAGUGGCCUGCGGUAAUGAGGGUGAGGCUCCAGGUGCGACACAUGUGGGAGGCAGUCCGGUACGGUGACGUCGACUACGAUGAGGAUCGACGGGCGCUGGACGCCCUCAUCACUGCAGUCCCGCCCGAGAUGCAGUUCUCGCUUUCCCAGAAGCAGACUGUCAAGGAGGCUUGGGACGCCGUCGCUGCGGCACGCAUCGGUAGCGAUCGCGCCCGCAAGUCCACACUGCAGGCACUUCGCAAGGAGUGCGAGAACCUGGCCUUCAAGCUAGGUGAGGACAUUGAUGACUUUGCUCUCCGUCUCAACACUCUGUUGCAGAAGAUGGUGCAGUACGGCGACGACACCUAUGGCGAUGAGAGAGCUGUCGAGAAGCUCCUCCGCUGCGUACCCGACAAGUACAAGCAGAUCGCUCGCUCGAUCGAGUCUCUGCUAGACCUCUCCAGGAUGUCAAUCGAGGAGGCGAUAGGUCACCUCAAGGUCGUCGACAGCGACGAGUCACAACCUCCCUCAGGGCCUGUCAUCAUUGGCGGGAAGCUCCAUUUCACUCAGGAGCAGUGGGAGGCCCGCCAGGGUGAUCGGAAGAAGGGGGAGCCUUCUUCCUUGACAGGCGGCCGCAGGCACGGCAAGCCACGCAAGGCGCCCAAGCCAAGACGUGGCCAGGCUCACGUCGCACUAGCGGAGGAGGAGGAGCCGGCUCUGCUCUUGGCACAUGCAAGCAUCGAGCUAACUCCAGCGGCAUCGGCCGUAGCGGUUCUCCUCCACCUUGACGAGCCGAGGGCACACGCCUUCCUCGGCGACGGCUCCAGCAAUGAUAGGACUGAGGGGUGGUGCCUCGACACCGACGCUACCCAGCAUAUGACCGGUCGGCGAGAGUUCUUCACCGAGCUUGACUCUAGCGUCCGAGGCACCGUCAAGUUUGGGGAUGCCUCCAGCGUAGAGAUCAAGGGCGUCGGCUCCGUCAUCUUCACCGCCGAGUCUGGAGAGCACAGGCUACUCACCGGAGUGUACUACAUCCCCGCGCUGAGGAACUCUAUCAUCAGCCUGGGACAGCUGGAAGAGAACGGUUCGCGCGUGGUGAUCGACGACGGAGUCAUGAGGAUUUGGGACCGCCGUCGUUGCCUUCUUGCCAAGGUAACCAGAGGCGCAAAUCGCCUCUACAUCCUCAAUGUGCAGGUGGCACAACCCUUCUGCCUCGCUGCUCGUCAGGACGACAAGGCGUGGCAGUGGCACGAGCGCUUCGGGCACCUUCAUUUCGAGGCCCUGAAGCGGCUCAGUGCCAAGGAGAUGCAAGGGGAGGCUGCGGAUGCCAUCAGGCGCACGCAGGCUGCUGUGGAGGCAAAUUGCGGCCGCAAGCUGCGCGUGCUGCGCACCGACAACGGUGGCGAAUUCACGGCGGUUGAAUUCGCAUUGUACUGCGCUGAUGAGGGCAUUCAGCGCCACUACUUCGCACCAUACAGCCCACAGCAGAACGGCGUUGUCGAGCGACGCAACUAG